AGCUGUGUAACUUUAGCUGUGCCUAGGGUUGUAACUUGUACAGCACUGUGCCAGCUGGACCAGACCUACACAAGGAGCAAUCAGGAAGACGCAGAACCAAGCACACCAACAAGGAGCACCCAGAACCAAACACACAGAUAACUAACAGGAAGCAGCAUACAAAAUCACAAGAGCAAGAAGCAGCAGUAACAAACACAAACAACUGGGAGCAGCAGUACCAGACAGAUACAUACACACAAAGAACAAUCAGAGUUCAGCACAACAGGACAGAGAGCAGCAGUACCGGCCAGAGACACAAGCAGGAAGCAGCAGAAACAGACUAGAGCAUCAGGACCAGUUACUCACAGAACAAUCAGACAUACAGACAGCAUCAGAACCAUUCACACAGACAGGAGCCAGGCCAGAGAGCAGCAGAACCAGACACACAGAGAGGAACAGAACCAGUCACACACAGAACAAUCAGACACACAGAGAGCAACAGAACCAGUCACACACAGAACAACCAGACACAGGGAGGAACAGAAUCAUUUACACAGACAGCAACCAGACACACAGAGAGCAUGUACCCAGUGCCUCUCCCAGCUCAUUAGCAUAGAGCGCGCGUCCAGGGAGCGGGAGCGCGCCUUCCAGCAGCUCUGACAUCACAGCCUCAGCAUGGCGGUCAAGUAUACAAAGCGAGCGGAUCCCAACGAGUUAAAGAGCAUAUUUCUAAAGUACGCCAGUGUUGAGCAGGAUGGAGAACAUUAUAUGACACCAUGCGACUUUGUCCAGAAAUACCUGGUCCUGCACACAGAUCCAAAUUACAACCCGAAGAGUGUGGAACUCCUGGGGGGAGUGGCUGAUUCGACCAAAGAUGGGCUGAUCUCCUUCCAAGAGUUUUUGGCAUUCGAGUCGGUGCUGUGUGCCCCCGAUGCAAUGUUCAUUGUAGCUUAUCAGUUAUUCGAUAAGAGUGGCACCGCAGAAGUAACAUUUGAAAAUGUUAAGGAAAUUUUUGGGCAGACACUUAUUCACCAUCACAUCCCUUUCAACUGGGACUGUGAAUUCAUUCGACUGCACUUUGGGCACAACCGGAAGAAACAUCUAUCCUACUUGGAAUUCACCGAGUUUUUACAGGAACUGCAACUUGAACAUGCAAGACAGGCGUUUGCUCUGAAAGACAAGAAUAAAAGUGGACUGAUUACUGCCAUGGACUUCAGCGAUAUCAUGGUCACUAUACGCUCACACAUGCUCACUUCGUUUGUAGAAGAGAACCUUGUGUCGGCGGCAGGAGGAACCGUUUCCCAUCAAGUCAGCUUCUCUUACUUCAAUGCUUUCAAUUCACUUCUUAACAACAUGGAGCUUGUACGCAAGAUAUACAGCACAUUAGCUGGCUCCAAAAAGGACUUAGAGGUUACAAAAGAGGAAUUUGCCAAUUCUGCAAACAAAUUUGGACAGAUAACCCCACUGGAAAUUGACAUCCUGUUCCAGCUGUCAGAUUUAUUCAAUGCUACUGGCCGUCUGACUUUGACUGACAUUGAGAGAAUAGCACCACUAGAGGAAGGAGCCCUACCCUACAACUUGGCUGAACUUCAAAGACAGCAAUCCUACAGCGAUGUGGGGAGGCCAAUCUGGCUCCAGGUUGCGGAGUCUGCAUACAGAUUCACUUUGGGUUCAAUUGCUGGAGCUGUGGGGGCAACUGCCGUCUACCCUAUUGACCUUGUUAAGACACGAAUGCAGAAUCAACGAUCCUCAUUUGUUGGAGAGUUGAUGUACAAAAACAGUUUUGAUUGUUUUAAGAAGGUUUUGCGCUAUGAAGGCUUUUUUGGGCUCUACAGAGGUCUUCUACCACAGCUCGUAGGAGUGGCACCUGAAAAAGCUAUUAAGCUGACGAUGAAUGAUUUAAUCAGGGACAAGUUUACACAAAAAGAUGGCUCCAUACCUCUGCUAGCUGAAAUAUUGGCCGGAGGAUGUGCAGGAGGCUCUCAAGUCAUUUUCACAAACCCGUUGGAGAUAGUGAAGAUUCGCUUGCAGGUUGCAGGUGAAAUUAGCACUGGCCCAAAGGUCCGUGCUCUUACUGUUCUAAGAGAGUUGGGAUUCUUCGGUCUUUAUAAGGGUGCCAAAGCGUGCUUUCUACGUGAUAUCCCCUUCUCCGCCAUCUAUUUUCCUGUCUAUGCACAUGGCAAAACACUCUUGGCUGAUGAAAACGGCCAUAUUGGUGCCCUUCAACUCCUGACAGCUGGUGCUAUUGCUGGUGUACCCGCGGCUUCCUUAGUAACCCCUGCUGAUGUCAUCAAGACAAGACUGCAAGUGGCAGCGCGGGCUGGCCAGACAACUUAUAGUGGAGUUAUCGACUGUUUCCGAAAGAUUCUCAGAGAAGAAGGAGCGAGGGCAUUCUGGAAGGGAGCUGGAGCUCGUGUUUUCAGAUCUUCCCCGCAGUUUGGCGUCACCUUAGUUACAUAUGAACUCUUACAGAGGUGGUUGUACGUUGAUUUUGGAGGAAUAAAACCUGCGGGUUCAGAGCCGGCGCCAAAGACCCGAAUCUCUGAUCUUCCUCCAGCAAACGCCGACCACAUCGGUGGUUACAGACUGGCCACUGCAACAUUUGCUGGAAUAGAGAACAAAUUUGGCCUUUACCUGCCAAAGUUUAGAUCUCCUGUCGUACCUCCCCCACAAGCCAAGGUCACACCAGGUGCAUAAGUUGGAGGCAAUAUGCCGACCACGCCAGGAGUGCAAUAUACACAGUAUUUAAAAGAAGCAACAUGGUAUAAUAGCGUAUCCGGUCUUUCUGCAUGUGGGUUUAUCAGAGCUGCUUGUGUUAAGUUAUUUCUAUAUAAUAUAUUAAUUUGUUCAGAGACAAAUCAUUUGUUUGCACAGAAGAGAUUACAGUUUAAUUUCAGCUUAUAGAAUGUACUUUUUUUUUUUUUUUUUUUAAAGGAGAGCAUGUAUUUUUUUUUUCUCUUCUUCUGAGCUUGCGUUACACAAACUUUGCACUUAACCCUUUAAGUGCCACUGGGGAAAGCAACGCCUUAAAAUGCAAAGCUCACUCUCCCUCCCCCGGCAGUGAAAGGGUUUGUUACUGUACAUAUUGUACAUCUGUACAGGCACAUCACGGCACACACAUACAAGCAAUGUUACAAGCGCACAGUGGCAAAACGUGUACAGGACAUAUAGGAGGUAUUUUACUCCCCCGUCUGGGGACAAUUUAAUGUAUUAUGUUGAUUCAUUUACUCAUUUUGAUGUAUUUUAUGGAAAUAAAUAAUCAAUGUUU